GUUGCGCAUGCGUCAAACGCCUUCACUCGCACUUCUGCGCGUGCGCGCGGGGCACAAUUUACACGUCUCCUCUCCGAAUGGUGGGCAGCUCUGCGCUUGCGCGCGAUGGAGCCUGCUUUCUGCCCAGGGGAGGAGGCAUGAGAGCGGCGCAUGCGCAGGUGGGGAGAAAGGAACGAAGGAACUUUCCUUCAAACGGGGAACGGACGGAUCCGGUGGCGCAGAGUUGUGCAUUAUGGCUGUUGGCACGGGCACGUCCUUGGUGCUUUCAUCGCUACUCUCUCUCCUGCUUUUCACCGGCAUGCAGAUGUACAGCCGCCAGCUUGCCUCCAGUGAGUGGCUGACCAUCCAGGGAGGGCUGCUGGGCUCUGCCCUCUUCAUUUUCUCCCUUACGGCUUUCAACAACCUUGAAAAUUUGAUUUUCGGCAAGGGAUUCCAAGCCAAGAUCUUCCCUGAAAUUAUCACCUGCCUGUUGCUGGCUCUGUUUGCGUCAGGGUUGAUUCAUCGCGUCUGUGUCACCACCUGUUUCAUCUUCUCCAUGGUCGCCCUCUACUACAUCAACAAGAUCUCCUCCUCCCUGUACCAGUCGACCGCGCCGGUGCCCGUGCCUGCCAAGGCCGUCAGCAAAAGCAGGAAGAGGAAUUGAUGCCCAGGCACACACACCCUUCCCCAUUAGAUUGGGGGGUAGGAGGGGCAGGGGAGAGAGAAAUCAAAGAGGGAGUGCCCUGCUCAGCACAAUCCAGACAUCCAAUAAAGCCUUUUUAAAAAAAAACACACAAGCAAGUCCUUGGCAUCUUCUGAGUCUUUAGGAGACGUUAUUUUGACCAAACACAAGUCUCCCCCCAAGGGGCUUACACUCUUCUAGGACUGGUGUGAGGAACCCAUGGCCCUCCAGACAUCGCUGAACUACAACUCCCAUCAUCCCUGACUGUUGGCUGUGCUGGCUGGGGACUGAUGGGCAUCGUAGUUCAGCGACAUUUAGGGGGACCACAGGUUCGCCACGAUGAUGUCACUCUGGAAGAAGGAAGGAAGUAAAGUGGGGGGGAAAUGUUCCAUGAUUUACAGUUAAUGCCUCUGCGGUCUAUGGGCCUGAUCCUGCCGUCCAGCUUUUCUUAGGUUCUUGACCUUCAAGCCAACCCCCGCUACUGUGGCUUCACCAGCUGGCAUCUCUCUGGGUGCUUCCAGAUGACCAGUUUAUCGAGCAAUCCUCCUGAUUUGUUUGCAGAGGAAAUUAGAGGGCAUUGGCCAUUUUAUUUUUUUAUAAACCACCCUCUCACAAGAUGCCAGGUUAGUAUACAGCAUCGUAUUAAAUCUUUAAAAAGACAGGGCUCUCCCAGGUCUUGGGCAGGGGAUCUUUUCCCUCAGCCUUACCUGGGGAUGCAGGGGAUCAGUUCUGGGACCGGCUGCACGCAAAGUAGGUGUUCCCCCACGUUCCCUCACAGCUAAAUGUUUCAAGGUUGCUAGGAACAGUAUCUUUCGGUCAUGAAGUGCCCAAACAGACAGGGAUGUCUCUGAAAUUCCUCCUGCAUGUUAAUAACAAGGGAGACAGGCACACUUUACCAGGGAGGACAUUUCUUAAAUGGAGAGCCAUCAUCGAGAAGGCCCUGUCGCCGUCGGCACUGACCAGACCGACCCCAGCAACAGCACCCCCAAGAGGGCCUCCGCUACCAAUCGCAGAGCCUGAAAUAGUUGAUACUGGGGUGAGCUACUCUUUUUAAGGCUCCCAAACCCAAGGUUAGAACAGGAUUCAUAACCUUUCCCCUGUUGGCAGAUGCGUGGCAGAGACUUUGGGUAAGAUUCCAACUCUGCGUUUCCAGAGUCACUCUUGCAAACUACAGCAUGCCAGCCUCUGCAGCUAGGCCAUUUCUGGCACUUUCCUUCAUCACCUCCUGUUUCUAAACAGUGGCCUUGUUCAGUUUAAAAAAAGGCGUUUGGGGAAGAGAAUUGCCCGUAAUGUGCUCAUUGUCAGCCCUGGGUCUCUCUUAUUGCCAUUGUGAUGUCAGGCAACGUCCAGCAGAAGGUGCCACAGGACUUGCAGAGAUCUAGCUUGUUUUCAGGCCCUGGGAUUGAGAAAGGAAAACCGCAAUUCUGUGGUUUUAAAUCGCUGCAAUUGUUGCACAAGUGAUGCAAUAAGUGUUAUUUGUAUACCCGCUGUCAAUUUCACAACAAUAAACAAUCAUUCGCUUUAGAAA